UUCGCGAUAGAACCAAAGAGAGAAACAAAGGCGUGAAAUCGACUCCAAUCGGAGGAGUCUCCGAUGUCAAUGACCUCCGGCCGUCGUUCCACCGUUAUCUCUGCAUCUCCACCGACGGCGGUUGUCCACGGCGUCUGCGGUUCACAAAAUCGGCGAGGUGGGCUUGCGAAAUUGGGGACAACUUUCACCAGAGCUCCGAGGCGAUGGCGAUUCAACCAGUUUCGGUACCGAAAUUUAACUCUAUCGCUUCAGAUCCCUUCAAUUUUCGAAAGGGAAGAAGUCAUAUCUUUGAGUUUGAAAAUUAUUCUGACAUGCAUGCUUGCUGUGAUUUCAUCACUAAGGCCCUUUGUGUGAUGUUGACUCUGUCUCUACCUUUCUUCCACAAAGGGGUUUUGAAGAUGACCACCCUUUACCUUAAGGAGAGACCCAAUCCCCUAGUGAUGGUCAUCGUUCGAAUCAUCAAGCCCUCAAGAUUCAACUGUUCCUUGAAGUCUAUGCACUGGCCAAACCAGCUUGAAAUGGAGGCAGAAAUGGCUUGGAAACAGGAAAUGGAAAAGAAAAAGAAAGAAGUAGAAGGAAGCUAAAAGACAACGCAUUGCAGAAAUUCAGAGACAACAAAGAGAGGUUGAUGAAAAACUACAAGCUGAAAAAGAAUUGAAAAGACAAGCUAUGGAUUAAAGCACAGAAGGAACUCAAAGAAGACCAAAGUAAUGCUGAGAAAACCUGAGGACAAGUGAAUACUAGGGUCCCUGCAGUGAGAUAAAAAAGUAAUUCCACUGAUACCAAUGCUUCAAGCUGCUAUAGAGAUAAUGAUUUCAAGGUACAAGUCGUCUCUCAUCUUUUGUAGACACUUUAGAGAUGAAACCAAUCUUAAUAGAUGACAAUCGUUGUGCUUAUAGGUGAUGACAAGCAUCACAUGGCAAGUAGAGAUGACAAAUCUUUUGUUUGAACUAAAACUUUGUAAACACUUUAAGUUUGUUUUUCUGUCCAACACAAAUGUAAACACUUUGUCCAAAACCACAACUCUGUUUCAUUCAAAAUUUGGUUUAACCAAAAGUUCAUAUGUAAACACUCGAAAUUUCUUAUGCAUAUUACACUGCA